UGGGCGCCGGUGGAGCUGCAAGUGGACGUGCGCGUGACGCCAGUGGGCGUUCAGGGCGGCCGGUCCCCCUCGCCCUCUCCCUCGCCUUCCACGCGCUUCCUGACGGUGCCGGUGCCCGAGUCUCCCGCCAGCGUGCGCCGCGCCGUGCCCCCGUUCCCGGCCCUCGCCGCGCCCCCCAGCCCGCUGGCCGGCCCCGCCGACCGGCCUCCAGCGUCGCCCCUCGGCCGCUGCCGCUGCUGCCGCGACCAGUACCCCGACAAGAAGGAGGAGGCCGCGCUGCUGCCCCGCGCCGAUGGCACCGAGCUGCCGCGCGCCAUCGCGCUCCUGGGACUGCCCAUGUACAUGAAGUCCCUGCGCUGGGCCCUGGCCAUUAUGGCCAUCCUACUAGCUGUGUCUGUGGUCACCAUCAUAGUCCUGAUCGCUGGAGCAGGGACCAGGUGCCGGCUGUGCCCCGAGGGCUGGAUGUGGGCUGAGGACCAGUGCCUCUACCUCUCCAUGGAGACCCGGGCCUGGGAGGCCGGCCAGGCUUUCUGCUCAGCCCAGCACGCCACCCUUCCCUUGCUAAACCACACGCAGAGCAUCCUGACCAGACACUACAUGGCCCUGCACUCCUGGGUGGGUGCCUGGCACAGUCACCGGGGCUGGCACUGGAUCAACAGGGUGCCCAUGCUGCCGCAGAUCUCCUCUCCCCCUCUCCCCAGGCCCUGGGAGGACAAGGAGCUGCGCUGUGGGGCCCUGGAGGAAGGCAAACUGGUGGCCUUGAACUGUACCACCCCCCGGCCCUGGGUGUGUGUCCGGGCACCCAAGUGACCAUGAGGGCAGCCUGCUGUGAGCACAGGAGCUGGACCACAGGGCUUGUGGAGACGGCUCUCGCCCCACGCCCUGUCUUGAGGUGACAUCUGGUCUGUGUGGCAGGACACGUUGCUAUGACCCUUUCCAGUAGCCCCUCCUGCCCAAGAGCUGGCCCAGGGCGUAGAGAGGCAAGGGGCUAAGAACUCUGAGGGGCCUGGGUGGGGACUCAGAAGGGCCUUCACACUUGAGGGGAGGUGUGGCAGGUGUGGUGUCCGCCUCCUGUGCGCCUGCCUGUGUUCCCAGGUGUGGGGGGAAGUCAGAUCCUUGCUGCCAGACUGCUGUCUCAUCCUACCACAGGGGUGGGCCUGCUCCCUG